GGGCGGAAGACUGCGGAACGCAAGGCACUGUGGGUUGUUUCUGGAGGUGCAUUGUGGGGAAAAGGCUAUAGCUACUUUGUUGUUGUUGGAGCCGCGGGCCUUGGUGGCGUUAAGACACCGCGGGCAAUAUGCCGGAGCGGGAUAGUGAGCCGUUCUCCAACCCUUUGGCCCCAGAUGGCCACGAUGUGGAUGAUCCUCACUCCUUCCACCAAUCAAAACUUACCAAUGAAGACUUCAGGAAACUUCUUAUGACCCCAAGGGCUGCACCUACUUCUGCACCACCCUCCAAGUCACGUCACCAUGAGAUGCCAAGGGAGUACAAUGAGGAUGAAGACCCAGCUGCACGAAGGAGAAAAAAGAAAAGUUAUUAUGCCAAGCUUCGCCAACAAGAAAUUGAGAGAGAGAGAGAACUAGCAGAGAAGUACCGGGACCGAGCCAAGGAACGGCGAGAUGGUGUGAAUAAAGACUAUGAGGAAACUGAGCUGAUCAGCACCACGGCUAACUACAGGGCUGUGGGCCCCACUGCUGAGGCGGACAAGUCAGCUGCAGAGAAGAGAAGACAGUUGAUCCAGGAGUCCAAAUUCUUGGGUGGUGACAUGGAACACACCCAUUUGGUGAAAGGCUUGGAUUUUGCUUUGCUUCAAAAGGUACGAGCUGAGAUUGCCAGCAAAGAGAAAGAAGAGGAAGAGCUAAUGGAAAAGCCCCAGAAGGAAACCAAGAAAGACGAAGAUCCUGAAAAUAAAAUUGAAUUUAAAACACGUUUGGGCCGCAAUGUUUACCGCAUGCUCUUCAAAAGCAAGGCAUAUGAGCGGAAUGAGCUAUUUCUGCCGGGUCGCAUGGCCUAUGUGGUAGACCUGGAUGAUGAGUAUGCUGACACAGACAUUCCCACCACUCUUAUCCGCAGCAAAGCGGAUUGCCCCACCAUGGAGGCUCAGACCACACUGACUACAAAUGACAUUGUCAUCAGCAAGCUCACCCAGAUUCUUUCCUACCUGAGGCAGGGUACCCGCAACAAGAAGCUCAAGAAGAAGGACAAAGGGAAGCUGGAAGAGAAGAAACCCCCUGAAGCUGAUAUGAAUAUAUUUGAAGACAUUGGGGAUUAUGUGCCCUCCACAACCAAGACACCUCGGGACAAGGAGCGGGAAAGAUACCGGGAACGGGAGCGUGAUCGGGAUAGAGACAGAGACCGUGACAGAGAGCGGGAACGAGAACGAGAUCGGGAGCGGGAACGGGACAGAGAGAGAGAGGAAGAGAAGAAGAGGCACAGCUACUUUGAGAAGCCCAAAGUGGAUGAUGAGCCCAUGGAUGUUGACAAAGGACCUGGAUCUGCCAAGGAGUUGAUCAAAUCGAUCAAUGAAAAGUUUGCUGGUUCCGCUGGCUGGGAAGGCACGGAAUCGCUGAAGAAGCCAGAGGACAAGAAGCAGCUGGGAGAUUUCUUUGGCAUGUCCAACAGUUAUGCUGAGUGCUACCCAGCCACGAUGGAUGACAUGGCUGUAGACAGUGAUGAGGAGGUUGAUUACAGCAAAAUGGACCAGGGUAACAAGAAGGGCCCCUUAGGCCGCUGGGACUUUGAUACCCAGGAAGAAUACAGCGAGUAUAUGAACAACAAGGAAGCUUUGCCCAAGGCUGCAUUCCAAUAUGGCAUAAAAAUGUCUGAAGGGCGGAAAACCAGGCGCUUCAAGGAAACCAAUGACAAAGCAGAGCUUGAUCGCCAGUGGAAAAAGAUCAGUGCAAUCAUUGAGAAGAGGAAGAAGAUGGAAGCUGAUGGGGUUGAAGUGAAAAGGCCAAAAUACUAAUCUCCAGUUACAACUCCAAGAAGAGUCUUUACGAGGACAUGCUCCCCACUGCUUGCUUUCUACAAUUCCCAAAAAAGUUGCAAGGUGGUUUGUGUGUGUAUGUAUAUAAAAUAUUACCAUAUAAUCACUUGGUUCCAUUAAAAUUGGUUAACCUGUUGUCUUUUCUAGAUUGAGCACCCCUGACUCAGAGCCCCUGAGCAAUAUUAAUUACUGAUUGUAUAAAAUCAAAUGCAGAAAGUCAGCUCAGUCCUUUCCUGAGCUAUGGUUCUAGAUAUUUAGAUAGUAAGGAUGUUUAGCCAGGAGAGAAUAGAAUGACCCUCACUGAUAGGCAAGAGAUGGGUAGAGUAAUGUAAGGAUGGUUGGUCUCAAAUGUCAGACUCAUUCAGGCCCAUUUGGGGCCCUACUCUUAGGGCAGAGAUUCCCUGGGAAUUAGGAUCAGUCCAGUGGCUGCCAGUCUGAUUCCCAAGUUGUGCACAACUGAGUGCUAGAUGAAGAUACCUGAUGAAAAUCAUUUGUGAGAACAGAAACUGUUUAUGUAUUUAUGCCCUCCUGGGAGCUUAGUAAUUCCAAACACGUCACUGCUUCCCCAGUUGAAGGGAUACCUUGGGGACGUGCCUUGGGGAACCCCUGUGCUAGGCCCGAAGAUAUUGGUGUGCCCUUCAACACCCUGAAAAGUUUACUAAUGCCCAGGUGGGCUCCCUGAUGACUCCAUCCCCGCUUUUUCCCUGCUAUCUGCUCAUUGCCAACACUUUUGUCUGGUACUCAUAAAUAAAGGUCACCAUUUUCUGACUGGA